AUGUCCUAACUUUAACACAAGAAGAGUGAGAAAAUUAAACUAGUCUCCUUCUCCUUCUUCUUUUACUCGCCGGAGAAUGCAACUCAACUAAACGACUGUUUAAAUUUGACUGACAAAUUUCUCCGUCGAUUAAUUUAUCGACGGUUGCGCUUGCAUUAUCAAUUCGAAGCAGCUAAAUUAAGCCUCUUUUCUUUAAUUAAAUCUCAAAAUUCGAUACGUUUUUGAAGAAUUAGGGUUUUUGUAUCCGAAUUUUUCAAGAGCGCAAUCACAAACUACAGAGGGCGUUCUUUGUAUUGGAGGAACUUCCCAGAAAUUGAGCUCCAGAGUUUCUCUCCUCUUUAGAAAAUGAGCAGCUUGGUGGAGAGGCUCCGUGUAAGGUCGGAGCGAAGGCCGGUAUACAACAUCGACGUAUCGGAUGAUGAGGCGGAUAUUCGACAUGGGAAAUCUGGUCAGCCUUCAGAGACGUUUGAGAGGAUGGUCAGAGAAGAUAUGAAAGAGGAUUCAUGCCAAUUAUGCGGAAAAAGCGGAAAUCUACACGAGUGUGAAACUUGUACUUAUGCUUAUCACCCCAAGUGCUUAGUCCCACCAAUGAAAGCACCCUUCCCUGCUGGUUGGCAGUGUCCUGAAUGUGUUAGCCCUCUCAAUGAGAUUGAGAAAAUACUGGACUAUGAAAUGCGCCCUACUGCAGCUGAGGAUGUUGAUGCCUCCACGCUGGGCUCGAAGCAAGUAUUUGUCAAGCAGUAUUUUGUAAAGUGGAAGGGAUUUUCCUACUUGCAUUGCACAUGGGUUCCUGAGAAACAGUUUUUCGAAGCCUUUAAGACCCUUCCUCGCUUGAGGACCAAAGUGAACAACUUUCAUCGACAGAAGUCAUCAGCUAGCAAUACAGAAGAUGACUUUGUUGCUGUUCGAUCUGAAUGGACUACUGUUGAUCGGAUCCUUGCUUGCAGAGGGGAUGAUGAUGAAAAGGAGUAUCUGGUGAAGUGGAAAGAGCUGCAGUAUGAUGAGUGUUCUUGGGAGUCUGAGUCUGACAUAUCUGCUUUCGAGUCUGAAAUUGAAAGAUUUCAUAUAAUACAGGCUAGGCGCCGUAGACAUUCUAGUAAGAUGAGAAGCCUUCUACGUGAUUCAGAAUCCCAUAAGAAGCCGAAAGAAUUUCUACAGUAUGAACAGAGUCCUGAUUUUCUGAUUGGAGGCACUCUGCAUCCGUAUCAACUCGAAGGGCUGAAUUUUUUACGCUUCUCAUGGUCCAAACAGACCCAUGUGAUACUUGCUGAUGAAAUGGGUCUUGGCAAGACUAUUCAGAGUAUUGCUUUCUUGGCAUCUCUUCUUGGAGAAGGGGUUUAUCCCCAUCUAGUGGUGGCACCUUUGUCGACGCUGCGCAAUUGGGAACGUGAAUUUGCAACUUGGGCACCACAGAUGAAUGUUAUUAUGUAUGUUGGUUCCUCUCAAGCUCGCAGUGUUAUACGUGAAUAUGAAUUUUACUAUCCUAAAAAAUCUCUCUCAACAAAGCUUAAGAAAAAGAAAUCUGGCCAGAUUUCUAGUGAAAGCAAACAAGAUAGGAUCAAAUUUGACGUCCUUCUCACGUCGUAUGAAAUGAUCAACCUAGAUUCUGCAUCUCUGAAGCCCAUUAAAUGGGAGUGUAUGAUUGUGGAUGAGGGUCACCGCCUUAAAAACAAGGAUUCAAAAUUAUUCCUUAUGUUGAAGCAGUACCAUAGUAAACAUCGUGUGCUUCUAACUGGAACUCCUCUUCAGAACAACCUUGAUGAGUUAUUCAUGCUGAUGCACUUUCUUGAUGCUGGGAAGUUUGGAAGCUUGGAGGAAUUCCAGGAAGAGUUCAAAGAUAUUAACCAAGAGGAGCAGAUUUCACGGCUUCAUAAGAUGUUGGCUCCUCAUCUUCUUAGAAGGGUGAAGAAAGAUGUAUUGAAGGAGAUGCCACCUAAGAAAGAACUCAUUUUACGUGUUGAAUUAAGUAGUAAGCAAAAGGAGUACUACAAGGCAAUUUUGACUCGCAACUAUGAACUUCUUACUCGUAAAGGCGGUGGGCAGAUUUCUCUUAUCAACGUAGUUAUGGAGUUGCGGAAGUUAUGCUGUCAUCCUUACAUGUUGGAGGGUGUCGAGCCAGUGAUACCCGAUUCAAAUGAGUCAUUCAAACAGCUUCUUGAGUCUUCUGGAAAACUACAGCUGUUGGACAAAAUGAUGGUGAAGCUCAAGGAGCAAGGACACAGAGUUCUUAUAUAUACUCAAUUUCAGAACAUGCUUGACAUACUUGAAGAUUACAUGACAUACAAGAAAUGGCAGUAUGAACGUAUUGACGGUAAGGUCAGCGGAGCUGAGAGGCAAAUUCGCAUAGAUAGAUUCAAUGCCAAGAACUCUUCCAGAUUUGGGUUUUUGCUAUCUACAAGAGCUGGGGGCUUAGGGAUUAACCUGGCUACAGCUGACACAGUUAUCAUAUAUGACAGCGAUUGGAAUCCACAUGCUGAUUUGCAGGCAAUGGCCAGAGCUCACCGACUUGGGCAAACUAAUAAGGUCAUGAUUUAUAGACUCAUAACAAGAGGAUCAAUUGAAGAAAGAAUGAUGCAAAUGACAAAAAAGAAGAUGGUGUUGGAGCAUUUGGUUGUUGGGAAGCUAAAGACACAAAAUAUUAAUCAGGAGGAGCUAGAUGACAUCAUAAGGUAUGGCUCAAAGGAGCUGUUUGUUGAUGAAACGGAAGAGGCAAAGGCCCGCCAGAUUCAUUAUGACGAUGCUGCAAUAGACAGAUUACUUGAUCGUGAACGUACUGGAGACGAUGAAGAGACUACUUUAGAUGAAGUGGAUGACAACGGGUUUCUAAAGGCAUUUAAGGUGGCAAAUUUUAAGUACAUUGAUGAAGCUGAAGCUUCAGCAAAGGAAGCGGCACAAAAGGCUGCUGCUGAAACCAAAAGCACUGUGAAUAAUCCAGAGAGAUCCAAUUUCUGGGAGGAUUUAUUGAAAGAUAAGUAUGAGGUGCACAAAGUUGAGGAGUUUAAUUCUCUUGGAAAAGGAAAGAGAAGCCGUAAGCAGAUGGUUUCUGUUGAAGAUGAUGACUUGGCUGGUUUAGAAGAAGUUAGUUCUGAUGGUGAAGAUGAUAACUAUGAGGCUGAGUUAACUGACAGUGAGACAACAUCAACUGGAGCACCUGCUGGCAGAAGGACUAACAAAAAGAGAGCUCGAGUUGACGGUAUGGAAGCUUUUCCUCUGAUGGAAGGUGAAGGAAAAUUAUUUAGAGUGUUGGGUUUUAAUCAGAGCCAGAGAGCUGUAUUUGUGCAAGUUCUCAUGAGAUUUGGGGUUGGUGAGUUCGACUGGGCAGAGUUUGUGCCUCGGUUGAAACAGAAGACUUACGAAGAAAUUAAAGAAUAUGGGACUCUUUUCUUGUCUCAUCUUGCUGAGGAAAUCACUGAUUCAUCAAACUUUUCAGAUGGUGUACCAAAGGAAGGACUUAGAGUUCAAGAUGUUCUCGUCAGAAUUGCAGUCUUGCUCUUGAUUAGGGACAAGGUGAAAUCUGCAACUGGAAACCCAGAUGGCCCCUUGUUUGCUGAUGAUAUAUUUUUGCGCUAUCCCACUUUAAAAGGUGGAAGGGUCUGGAAGAGAGGGCAUGACCUUAUACUAUUGCGAGCAGUGUUGAAGCACGGGUAUGGAAGAUGGCAAGCUAUUCUUGAUGACAAGGAGUUGAAGAUUCAGGAAGUUAUUUGUCAGGAGUUGAAUCUUCAAAUGAUAAAUCUGGCUAGCCUUGGAGUUGGAGGUAAUCAGGCGCAAAUUGGAUCACAAAUGGCUAACAAUGAAACAUCUGGUGACUCGAUGAAGGGCCCUGUCAGUCAGAAUGGUUCAGCUGCUGAGCCAGCAGCAGGUGGUACAGAUCCAAAUACCUUAUUAUAUCAGUUUAGAGAAAUGCAAAGAAGACAAGUUGAGUUCAUUAAGAAAAGGGUGCUUCUUUUGGAGAAGGGCCUAAAUGCUGAAUAUCAGAAAGAAUAUUUUGGUGAUGGGAAGUCCAAUGGUGAUUGUUCUGAAGAACCUGAAAAUGCAUACAAAGCUACAGGCAUGACAACUGCCACAGCUGAAGUUGUUGCUGAACUUGCAGACAAGCUUCCUCGUAUAGAAGUGCUAGCUUCAGAAGAAGUAGCUUCUGCUUGUCACGAUUCUGAUCCUAGACGCGAGCAGUUGGCUCAUCAUUAUAAUCAAAUGUGCAAGAUAAUGACUGAAAAUGAAAAAGAAUCCGUCAAAGCUAGUAUAGUUAAAGAAGCUGAUCAAAAUUUGGGAAAGACACUUCACCAGCUAGAGGAUCUUUGUGGAAAGGUAAACCAAAUUUUGACCGUACCUCAGAAUCAUCCUACUGUUGAUGGACCUGCAUCAAAAGACCAGCAACAGCGUGGUGAAGCGCAGAUUAGUGUUCAAGCAACGGAAAUUAAAGGCCAGGAUGUGGAAAUGGCGGAAGCAGAAGUUGGUGCGAAAGAAGGAAAAUAGGGUUUAGUUGUUUUUAGACUAAGCACAAAGCCUAUUUUGUGUAUCUCAUUUCCUUCUCAAAUCAAUGUAUUGAAAUAGUUCAGCAACUCUUCAAACCACAGGUUUAGUUAAUUUAUCAAAGCUUAUUUUGAAUAGGGUACAUGAAACGGAGACCGACUGCCUUGUGAUUCUUCCUUUUGGGUUACAACUUACAAAGCCAUGGUCCAUCAAUAUCGUAAAAGAUCUUUCCAACUUAAAUGGUUAAUACUUCGUGCCUCCA